GUCGGAUGGAACAAAAGGGUAGCAGAAGAGCUGGCUCGGGCUGGUCACGAUGUUACCGUAAUACUGGUGAAGACAAUGGAAGAUGCGGAGAAGGAUGUACAGUUCUCAGCAGAUGUUAAAGUGCAUCCCUUGAAUGCCUCGACUGGCCUCACAAGAAAAGCAAUGGAGGAGUUUCAGAAAGCCUCAGUCUUUGGAGACCUUUCAUUCCUCGAUCCUGGUGCUCGAAAACAUAUGGAAUUAUUUAUCGGAAUGCUGGUUGACGGCUGCAGAUUGACCGUACAAAACAAAGAAUUCAUGCGAUGGCUAUCUAAUCAGAAAUUUGACUUAGCUUUUUCGCACAUGUACCACACUUGUCCCAUUGGACUCAUCCAUGCAGCUAAGAUACCCACCUGGAUAUGGUUGAACAGCUUUUGUUUUACAGUGACCGUACAAAACAAAGAAUUCAUGCGGUGGCUAUCCGAUCAGAAAUUUGACUUAGCUUUCUCGCACAUGUACCACACUUGUCCCAUUGGACUCAUUCAUGCAGCUAAGAUACCCACCUGGAUAUGGUUGAACAGUGGCCAGCUCAUGGAUAACGUAGCUCACCUUAUUGGAGUGCCCACUCUCCCUAGUUACGUACCGCCAUUAAUGAUGGACAGCGGUGAUGAAAUGGAUUUUAUACGUAGGACAAAAAGCUUCAUUGGUCAUACGCUUUUGAACUUACUGUGGCCCUGGAUGGUGCCAAAUAAGGAAACACAGAUUUUCAGAGAGCACUGGGACUCGAAUUUCCCAGAUAUAAUGGAUCUUGCAAAGAAUUGUCCUUUAGUUAUGGUAAACUCAAAUGAGCUAUACGAACUCCCGCGACCAACUCUUGCGAAAGUCGUAAACAUUGGAGGAGUGGGCGUGGAAUUUAAAGAUGCGAAACCUUUGCAGGGAGAAUUCAAGAAGAUCGCUGAAAGCGGAAAAGGAAUGAUAGUCAUGUCGUUUGGAUCAGUUGCCCAUGCAGAGCUUAUGCCAGAACAUUGGAAAACCGCACUAUUGAAUGCUUUUGCUGAAUUCCCCGAUUACGAAUUCGUGGUUAAAUACGCCCAUGAUGAUUUGAAA